AUGGCUAAAAUUUCCUCAAACGUGUUUGGCGCUAUCAUCGCAUUGGUGAUUUCGAUAACAUUAUAUUUCGGUUACGACCUGGUGAUGGAUGAAAUUCAAAGCUAUCCAAGAGUUGGAUGUAGAAUUGAGGUUGAUAUAAAUUCAGAAUCACAAGAUUCUCCAGAAUUUUAUUUUUUUUCAGAAGUUCAUAUGUCCCAACAAUCUCAUCCCAGGCGUCGAAUUAAAUUGCACUUUGGUCUGUGCCGAAUCCAGACUUCUAACUCCUUUUCUGGCUGGUAGUUUGAUCGCUUUGCUCUUUGGAAUAUGCAUUCACAACUUGAAGCUGUUUUGAAAAUACUUUACGAGACUCCACAAUUUUUCUGGUCUAUUUAUUUUUGAAAAAAUCCCAUUUUACCCUGUUUUGAUGUUUCGAAAAUAAAUAUUUUGCGAUUGUUGAACUUCUACUCUGCUUCAGGAAACUUCAGUGUUUGAUCCCUUGACAUCUAUGCUCCAAGAAAAUCUUGUAAUGUAAUAUUUCAAUUGUCAGUGUCGCCACGUCAUAACUCAUUCCGUCCAGAUGUCUAAAGUUCCCGCCAAAAAAAUGUGACAUUUACAAGCUUCUCUCUUUAUAUUGUCACCCUGCCACUUUUCUCUACUAAAAAAAAUAAUAAAAUUGCGUUUGAAUUCCCGCCACACAGCUUUACCGUACCUCGGUUCGCCGCAAGACUCUGCUCGUCUAACUUUCUCUGGCAAUUAGCCAACUUAUUUUUAUUUUUAUUUUUCGAAAUUGUUUGUUUUUCCUUUUUCCCAUUUUCUAUUCAUUUUCUUCUUGUAAAUCAUUUUCCAGAUGUGAAUUGAGUUUUUUUGCAGGAGGUCAUGAGUAUUCUCAAAACUUUGUGUCACAUUCUGUUUGUCAUGUUGACUUGGAAAGUUCUUUAUGCAGUUUUUGUGGUUGAUCAGGGAAUUGGAAAUAUUGGCGGGCGUUUUACGGUAAGUGGGGUUAGAAAUUGCUAAGAAGGUCUUAAGGGUCCCCAGAAAAUAAAUAAAAACCUCAGCCUUUGAGAAUUAUUAUAAGGCUAAGGUUCAGGCUUAUUAGGCUUAAGCUUACAAUUAGUUGAACACCAGAAAAAUCCCUCGUUUCCCAGUUCAGAGCCCAAAAUUCUAUCAAAUUUUUUUAUUUCAGAAAUGCCCAACCGAAAAAGACAUGCUUCUAGCUGGAUUUGUUUGCAUUUCUAGGCGAGCUCUCCCGAUUUUUCUCCGUCACGUGCUCACAAAUCCAAAAUUCUGCUUUUCGAUUUUCUAA